AUGUCCUUCACCUCCCAAACCCGCCGCCGCGUCCCGUUCACGCCCUACACCCCGGGAAAUCAGUUCAAGGCUGCGACCGGCAGGGGCAUCCACGCUCCUGUGUCCUUCGAUGUUCCCGGAAGCGCCAGACAAGGCGUCCAGAUGCACGAGCUCAGACUGCGCGGAGUCGGGAUGCCCAUGGCUGGCGCGGGCGAGGCCGCCUUGUCCCAGACAGGCUUGCAGAGAGUGAUUUUGCGAAUCCUCUGGCCUGGAUACACGCACGUUGAAUGGUGCCGGACGAUUCCCGUGGUCCACUCAAACGGUGUCCCCCUCACUCGAAUUGAGUUGGCUGUACAAAUCGCCCUCAACUUCGGUCGCUUUGUUGAGAAAUGUCAAUUCGAAGCGCCAACAGCACAGGGGUUCAUGUUCUCCGCGAACUGUGUGAAAUUCGACCAUCUGUUCCUGGUGGGCUUGCAUAACACCUUCGACGAUGUCUGGCAGGCAGAUGUAGCUCUGGAUAUCGCGUGA